GAAAGUAAUGACAACCACUACUCAUCGCUGAGGGUGAGUGAGCUGCUGAUGCGGAAGAAUAUACCAAACAUACUAGGUCGGAGCAGCAUACUGGCCAGUGCGGCUUACGGGUCGCACGCUGCUGCCGGGGCCUGGUGGGGGCAACACUCCCACUCAGUGCAUUCCGGGGCGGCCAUGUACGAGGACCACACCGGAGGUGGCGGCCAAACCGGAAUCGGCGGACGAAGUCCUCCGUCCCUGCACAAUUCCCACACCAGCAACCAUAUCCACCACCAUCACCAGCAGCAGCAGCAGUCGCAGCAGGCCGCGGCCCAGCAGCAAUCGCAGGUACCUUCGCAGAGCUCGUCCCAGCAGAAUUCCUCCGCCCAGAACAGUUCGGUCUCACAGACUCAGCUCGUUCCACCCUCGGCGGCCAGUGAGUCUCCCGGCAGCGUAAGCUCACAACCCUCAGCCAAACGUCCAACAGCUAACAACAACAACAACAACCCAUCGUCAUCCUCCUUCGAGUCAGCGGCCGUCGCAGCGUCAGCAGCAGCAUCGGCGGCAGCGGCGAGCACGGCGGCGGCAGCAGCAGCCGCGGCUGCCGAUGCGUCCCGAUUGCGCCACUCCUACCCCUGGUCCGCGUACGAUUCGGCGGCUGCAGCGGCCGGUGCGGCAGAUUCGGCCGCCGCAGCCGCAGCCGCCGCAGGCUACCACCCGCAGUACCCGUACGGCCUCGGCACCGCAGACAUCAAACCGAUGUAUUACCCGGGCUACCCCACGGAGGCCAACUUCCAGCCACACCACUACUACCCAAAGUAUGAACCGGAUGCGUACAUCAGCAGCGAACGGAGCCGAGCCGUUUCCGGUACAGAUGCCCCCUCGCUUCAGUCCAGCUACGACAGCUACAAUUCCAGCGGGCUGCGACCGUACUCGAGUGAAACAUAUCCUAAUCCUGUUGGUUCCAGCCUCUCGGUGGGAGUCAGCGGUGUCGGUUCCUGUACCCCGUCGAAUCCGCUCGAGUGGACCGGCAACGUGACGGUGCGGAAAAAGCGGAAACCGUACUCGAAGUUCCAGACCCUGGAGUUGGAGAAGGAGUUCCUAUUCAAUGCGUACGUGUCCAAGCAGAAGCGGUGGGAGCUGGCGCGGAAUCUCAACCUCACCGAGCGACAGGUCAAAAUAUGGUUCCAGAACCGGCGGAUGAAGAAUAAGAAGAACUCGCAGCGACAGGCGGCGCAAUCCAGCAACAGCAGCUCCAGCAACAGUCACAACCAUGGCGGCGGCCAGCAGUCCCAUCACAACCCGCACCACCUGAAUCUGGGUCUCGGAAUGCCACUGCACGGGUCCAAGAUGCAUCAGUGACCCAUGGAGCAGCAGGCUGUACCGGUGCCGGUUCCGGUUCCGGUUCCAGUGUUGUCCCAGCAACAACAGCAUCAUCACCACUCGCAGCAGCAGCAGCAACAACAACAGCACCUCUCGCAAUCGCACCCGGAUGAUGGAACAGUAGUAGUAGGGGCUGCCGGUCAGCACCAACAACAACAACAGCAGCAGCACGGACAUCAACAGCAGCAACAGCAGUCGCUCAAGAUGGAAAUGUGCGACGUCCCGACGGCUCCCAUGUGCAACCACAUUCCUCACCCGCAUCUGAUCAAUUAUCACCAUUGAAAAGGGACGCGAGGAAUUCGUGGGAGGAUGUCCUCGGCAACCAGCAACGGCAACUGGAGAACAAUACGUAAUCAAAUCGAAAAGACGCGAAUAAGAAACACAAAAAAAAAAUUGUAAAAAAAAUUCUCAACAAACAAAAUCAACAAAACCCUGUUUGGCGAAAAAAGUUUGCUUUGAUUGGCUUCUCCGAUCUGAUCGUACGAAUGACUGUCUGCCAGAUUGUGAGUGCGAUUUGUAUGGAUGGGUUGCAGAUGGGUACCCCGAUUGCUUUGAUGUUGGAUGUUUUGUGGAUCUCUUUAAAUGUGAGCCGACUUGGGGAUGAAUAAUUAUAAAUCUCUGUUUGUUAAGUCUUUACAAGUUUGUGAUUCCGAGCACUCUCGUCUCUAUUUUGCGCAAACUGGUUGCAUAAAGUAUGGGACCCUUGAUUUUGGACUUCAGCAUCCUGAAUCUUUUCAAUUUGUCAAAAUCGUCACAUUUUCAAAAUUUAAAUUUUUUUUUUAAUUUGUUAAAAUUGUAAAAAAAAAAUGGAAAUUGAAGACACUUCCAAGACUUUCUAUGAACAUUUUCCAAUGGUGAAAAUGAAUUUCAAUUUUUUAUUUUAAAGCUGUUAAUGUUCAGUUUUCAAAUUUGCAUUCGCUGUUCGGUUUUUGACCAACAGAAUACAAGAUUUUCGAUAUAAAAAAAAGGAAAAAACAAAACCAUCAACUUUGAAAAUUAGUGAACAACUUCUGGAAAAUAGGAUUGAAGUUUGAGCUCCCAGAUAAAACUUUUCGUGAAUAUUCGACUUUAGUUUACUUUUGUUUGUUGAAAACUGGCUUGCAAGAUUUUUU